GACCAUCUUGUUGAACAGAGCUUCAAAGAGAGAGAGAGAGUACCGGCGGAGGAUUUGCGUUUCUCUUGUGGGAUUCACAGUGACAAUGGGGAGGAGCUAUAGUUACAGUCCUUCACCACCAAGAAGUUAUAGCAGACGGUACAGAAGCCCGAGUCCGGUGGGAUACUACAGAGGUCACAGUAGAGAUUCUCCAACCAGUUUACUCGUUCGCAAUCUCCGGCACGACUGUAGGCAAGAAGAUCUACGUAGACCAUUUGGACGGUUUGGUCGGCUCAAGGAUAUCUAUAUACCUCGUAAUUAUUACACUAGGGAGCCUCGCGGGUUUGGGUUUGUGCAGUACUAUGACCCUGCUGAUGCUGCAGAUGCAAAGUAUCAUUUAGAUGGCUACGUUCUUCUUGGCCGUGAAAUUACUGUAGUAUUUGCAGAGGAAAACAGAAAGAAGCCUUCCGAAAUGAGAGAACGAUCAAGGGGCAGAACACGUACAAGAUCUCCUUAUGGUUACUCCCGGUCUCCUGGCUAUUCUCGUUCACCAAACUACAGAAGAAGCUAUUCGCGCUCACCAUAUGAUGAAAGACACCAUUCAAGAUCGGUUUCCCCAGGGGAUAGGAAGCGAUCAUACUCGAGGUCAAGCUCAAGGUCCCGGUAUGGAUCGAGAAGCAGAAGCCCGAGUCCCGGAUACUAGGUGACUUGGUAUAUGACCUAAGCUUGUGAUGAUAGAGAUAUGAGGUCUGGUGUUACACUGUGGGAGUUAGUCAUUUGGAAGAACAAUAAAUCAUAGUUGUAGUAGGGGACAAAUCAAUGUAUGUUUCGGUUUCAUAUCCUUUGGCACUUACUGGCAGCUUCGUCCUUUUUUUUAUCCUAAUGCGUGACAUCUAUGCUACUGAUUAUUAUAUCACGAGUGUAUUUCGUUUCGAAUCCUCAUUACAUAAUGAAACGUAUUUAUG